AUCUCAUCCAAACCCUCACCUUCCCAAUCUCUCCCCCAAUUCGCCCUUUCCCCCUCUCUCUCUCUCUCUCUACUCGCGGGAGCUCCGAUCUCGCCGUUUACCGGUGAAGUUCAUAAUCUCUUUCUUAGAAAAGAUCUCCAUCAUGAAAUUUUUGGAAUACACUCCGCUAGACAGUAUAAAUCAAUUCCUGAAUCACUUGAACCUCGGAGAAUGUACCAUCAAGGGGAAUCUUGAGGCAUUUUCAUGCAAGCAUACGGGGACUGAUCGGAAGCUCUCUAUUAGUUUAGAACAUGAGAUUCUGGAUUACCUCAGCCAAUCUUCUGAUAGUGAUCCUCCUUCCCCUGUGGAUUAUUUGUCUAGUAGAUCAAGCCGAAAAACGCUGAUAUAUCUCGUCCUUACUCUCAGUCAUAUGUAUCCAGAUUAUGAUUUCAGUGCAGUGCGAGCUCACCUGUUUUUCAAAGAAGAAGAGUGGGAUAGUUUCAAGCAGAUAAUCGACACCUACUUGUUUGAGGCAGCUAAGGAAUGGGAUACAUCUACUGUCGGCAGUACCCUCCUAGAAAGCAUGACUAAGGCCAUUGACGAGGUUAUCAAAAUAAAGGAGUGCGAGAUCUACAGUUACAACCCGGACUUUGAUGGGGACCCGUUUUCAGAGAAGGGAGCCAUAUGGUCAUUCAACUUCUUUUUCUACAAUAGGAAGCUAAAGCGCGUAGUCAGCUUCAGGUGCUGUUGUGUAAGCAACUUAGCAGGCGACAGUUUUCUUUCGGAUGAGGCGUUCAGCGACGAAGAAGAGGAGGACUUGCUCAUCGACAUGGAUAUGUAACCGUCGCCGGUACUGUUCAGGACCAACUCUAAUACCAUCUUCUAUUGUAUAAUAUGUUAUCGACGCUUCGAACUAGUCGUCGGGUAGAAUAGCUAUCUGUACAGGUGGAAGAUGGGAUUAGGGCAUGUUGCUAACUCGUCGUCGUUGUCGUGUAUCUAUAUGUUAUAGUAAGCAAUAUACAAUUGCAUAGUCGGUUUGUUGUAGUAUGUUGAACUGGAGCAGGCAAUGUAAAUGAUGAUAUAGCCUAGGUAGUAGGUACUCUUUUGGAACAAUGGGGUCAAUCACGCGCGUAGGGAUUCCUACGUACGAUGUUGUAGGAAAGGCGUGCCCAUCUAGUCUAGUUAUAAUAUGUAAGAAAUUUAAGCUGAAUCUUUUAAGCUGAGGUUUAGUCAUGGACCAAAUUAUAGUAGUACAUGUUACGCAGCUUUUAAGGACCAGAGGACAAUUUGUAAUGUUUUCUGAUUUUUAUCGUAUUUUAUGCGGCAAGUAUUCGAGGCACUAGUCAACAUGCUCUGCUCGUUUUGGCCCAAACA